AUGUACAAAUUGGUCGUUGCCGGCUUCUCUUUCUUCUGCGCGGGAGUCAACGACGGCACACUGGGGCCACUGAUCCCUCGUAUGCUCACGACAUUCCAGAUUGGCACAGGCGAGAUAGCCAUUAUCUAUGGCACAACCUUUGCCGGCUGGCUCUUCGCCGCCGUUACAAAUCCUCUCCUGACCGCACACCUCACCUUGGGGCAACUACUCGGUCUCGGCGCCCUCCUGCAACUCCUGUCCCAAUGUCUGCGUCCCUGGUCCCCGUUCCCUCUGUUCUGCCUCACCUUCUUUCUCCAAGCCGUCGGCAUGGCAUAUCAGGACAGCCACUCCAACACGUUUGUGAGCGGCCUCAAGAACGUACCACACCGCUGGCUGAGCUUCAUCCACGCCUGCUAUGCCCUCGGCACAUUCAUCGGUCCCCUGGCCGCCACAGGCAUCGCGAACACCACGCAGAGCCGCUACGGCGCCGUCGAGGGCUGGCGGAUGGUGUAUUUCGUGCUGGUUGGCAUCGCGGUCCUGAAUAUGGCCGGGGUGAUGUCGGCCUUCAAGGACACCUUCUGGCAGAAGCUGCCCGGAUCUGGAUCGCGACCCGGGGACGGCAGCAGCGAUAGGAAGAACAAGGUCGCCCUGCAGGAGAUGACCGGCCUGCUCAAGCUCAAGGUCGUCUGGCUGCUCAGCCUGUUCUACUUCUUCGAGCUGGGCGCCUGGUUCACGGCGGGGGGCUGGGUAGUCGAGUUCCUGACGACGGCGCGGGGCGGCGAGCUGUCGCGCAUGGGCUACGUGCCGGCGGGCUACGCCGGCGGCAUGUUCCUCGGCCGGAUCCUGCUGGCGGAGCCGACCUUCCGCCUCGGCGAGCAGAGGAUGCUGCUCAUCUACAGCGCGCUGUGCGUCGCGCUGCAGCUGGUCUUCUGGCUCCAGCCCAACAUCAUCGCCAGCGCCACGGCCCUGAGUCUCAUGGGCUUCCUCUUCGGGCCCUUCUUCGCGACCGGCAUGUCGGUCGCGUCCAAGGUGUUCCCCCGGAACGCGCAGGCCGCCGCCCUCGGGUUUGUCUUUGUGGUGGCCCAGGCGGGUGGCGCCAUCUUUCCUUCCAUCACGGGCGUGAUCGCUACGAGUGCCGGCGUGGCCGUCCUCCAGCCCAUCGUGCUGGCCUUGAUCGUGGCGGGCGGGGUCUGUUGGUGGAUGAUACCAAAGAUCCCCGACCGGAGCGAGUAA